AUGAGUGUUUUGUCUCUCGUCCUGUUUUUGCUUUCCGUCCAGCAGUUCUGGGCUCAGGAAGACCCUCUUCUGCCUUUCUCUGAACACUUGGACCUUGAGCACAAUGUGCAGCUGAAGUGGGGAUUUGAUAAGAUCCAGGGCACCAUCUUAUUCCAGCUCUCUGUCAACACCAGCGGCUGGAUCAGUUUCGGCUUGAGCCCUAAUGGAGGAAUGACUGGAGCUGAUAUAGUCAUUGGAGGAGUUGACAACAAAGGCACUUACUUCACGGACCGCCAUGCCUUGGGAAAUUCAAUGCCUGUGGUCGACCAGAAACAAAACUACAAACUCUUGUCCCUAAGCGAGUCUGAUGGGAAAACAGUCAUGAAAUUCCAGCGGUCCAUUGAAUCCUGUGAUGAAAAUGAUUUACCCGUCACCAUUCUUCCGAUGAAGCUGAUUUACGCAUAUGGAGAGACUGAUGACAUCUCAUACCAUAAGGCCCAAAGGGGCACAAAGGAGGUGAACCUGUUGAAGUACAUGCCUCGCGCCAGCCUUUCAAACGCCACAUAUUUUGACAUAACUAUGGAAAAUUUUAUGCUACCAGCCAACCAAACCUACUACCACUGCAAAACUGCAAGAGCACCUACAUUCGACAGCAAACAGCACAUUUAUCGGAUUGAGCCGGUAAUCACCAACUAUGACCUAGUGCAUCAUCUGCUGCUGUACCGCUGCCCGCCGACAGUGACGGAGCCAUUGGAGCUGGAGUGUUACACGAAAACUGAACGGUGUAUGGAGACAAUUGCAGUGUGGGGAGUUGGCGGAGGGGAUUUUGAAUUCCCUGAAGUGGCAGGACUUCCGAUUGGAGGAAAUGUUGGCGACUUUUUCUACAGGCUUGAGGUGCAUUACAACAAUGUCAAUAAAACUGCAGGUCGAGUUGAUAGCUCAGGUCUGCGAUUCUAUUAUACGUCUAAACUACGCCAACAUGAUGCGGGUAUUUUGAUGACAGGGCUAGCAGUGAUUCCUUCAUACGCCAUACCUCCCAAAGCCAAAUCUUUCCUCACAUAUGGGAUGUGUGACACUACUUAUAUCCCCAAGGUACUGGAGACGGCAAAUGAUCUUCAGGUGUUUUCUGUGAUGAUGCACACACACUUAGCAGGACGCAAAGUGCGAGUUGGACACUUCAGAGAAGGAAAACAGAUUGAUCUUCUAGCUGUGGAUGAAAACUACAAUUUUGAAUUCCAGCAAGUGACAAACUUGGGCAAAACUAAGACAGUGAAGUUGGGUGACAAACUGCUGGUGGAGUGCACUUACAAUACUGAAAAUCGCAACACACUCACACAGGGAGGUCUGUCGACAUCAGAUGAGAUGUGUUUGGCUUUCCUCUUCUACUAUCCAGCUAUGAAUCUGAGCGGUUGUGAGAGCUUACCUCAUUUCUCGUCUUUAGUGUCUGAAAUGGGAGCAGGAGAUACAGGAACCUGGCUAUAUAUGAUGAACACGAUGGCUUGGAAUGACAGCUCUAUCAAUGAAUACCAACAAACACUCAAGAAAAUCAACCAGACAGUCAUAGUCGUGAAUUCAUUUAAUAAAGCAUCAAUCACCAAUGGGACGAUUCCUGAUCUCAAAGUCAGCCCUCCCGAGCCCUGCGUGAGAGCCUGCGCCACUAAAAAUCUGGCUUUUAUGUCACUGUUCUUGUGUUUGGCAGGUAUGUGGGCGUCAUGA